CUAACUGCUUAUGCAUGAAGCAAAUCUAGCCGAUUUACAUAGAAAAGGAAGUUUGUACUUGGUUCGAUCGGAUUUGAAUAGAGAAAAGUUCACGUUUUUUUUAGUUGGAAAGGGCACCAAGUCUAGGGUGCUUGCGGUGAGAUGGGAUUAGAAAUUUUUUUUUGUGUGGGGCUUGUGUUCUGUCUUGUUCAGGGCACAGCAACUUCACCCUCAUUUCGUCUCCCAAGGGAUGUCUUCCCCACGUCCUAUUCUCUCAGAUUGGAACCAGACCUAGAUGGCAGCACAUUCGAAGGAGACGUGACGAUAUUUCUGAAGGUUGACCAACCUAUAAGCAACAUAACCUUGAACAGCAGGUACUUGGUGAUCAACGAGAUCACUUUGGACCAGAACUACCAAACCACCAAAUAUGUUUUGGACAAGACAAAUGAGAUCAUGCAGGUGUUUUAUGUUGGCGGAGAACGCAUAGAUCCUGGAGAGCACAUUCUGAAUAUAAAAUACACAGGAUCGUUCGGUUUUUUCCUUGGAUUCUACAAGAUCGCAUCUUCAGAUGAUCACAACCAAGUCAUGCUGGCCACGAAAUUUUCGUCAAAUCAUGCCAGGUCAGCUUUUCCAUGUUUCGACGAGCCUUACUUCAAAUCGGUCUUCAGCAUUCGUUUGGUGAAGCCAAAUAAUUCUUGGGAUGUCAUUUCUAAUAUGAGGGAAAUAGGCAGAGUCGAGACAUCCAAAGGAAUAGCAGUUGAUUUUGAGACCACCAUCCCAAUGUCAACAUACCUAUUAGCAUGGGUAUACACAGAUUACUACUUCGACGAAAUCAAUUUCAUGUCAGGUGGUAGGAACAUACCACUUAGGUUCUACAAUGCAGACAAAGUAGACCUGGAUUUACGUGAAGCACUGAAGGUAACCAAGAGAGCUUUGACUUUCUUCGAAAAUUACACUGACGUACCUUUUCCACUAGCCAAAUUAGAUUCCAUAGCGAUCCCAUCCUAUAGAAGUGGAGGAAUGGAACACUAUGGCCUGGUGGUAUAUCAAGAUCAUGCUGUCAUAUACAAAUCAAGCCCUUUCAUCGCCAAAUUGUACCAUUCUUUGAAAGCUGCCCUGUUGAUAUGUCAUGAGAUAUCGCACAUGUGGUUUGGAAAUCUAGUAACUCACCCGUGGUAUAACGACAUAUGGCUCACAGAAGGUUUUGCCAGAUACAUGCAGUUUAAGGCAGGGGUUGCAGUUCUUGGAGAGCCCUUUGUGAAACAUAUGUUUCAAGAGAGCAAAUUCCUUGCUCUCUUCCAGAGGCAAUGUGAGGGAGAUUACAAUACAGAAACUGCAAGCUAUCCUAGAAAUCUGCGUCAAAUCGGGACGAAAUAUGGACCAAGCACCUACGACCAGGGUGGGGCAUUAUUGAUGAUGUUAGAGGACCUUAUGGGAGAAGAAAAGUUCAGGGGUGUUGUGAUGAAGCACCUCAAAGGACAUCAGUAUGGCACAUCUACAACAGGAGAGUUCAUAAAGUUGGUAGAAGAGGCGUUACCAACUGUCAAUAUAAGGGAUGUUAUGGAGUCUUUUCUAUUCCAAAACAAAUUGCCAUUAAUGAACGUUACAAUCGAAGGAGAUUUCUUUGUUCUGAGGCAAUCUGUAUUGUGUAAUGGGGGACAAAUAUCGUUCUUUGGGGAUAAAUGGACUAUUCCAAUCAGAUACAUAACCAGCGGUAACCUUACCUCAAACAUCAUUUUGUACGAUAGAGAAAUAAGUGAGCUGAAGAUACCGAAAAUGAAAGAUGAUAAGUGGAUCCAAAUAAACCAUUUGAACAAUGGUUUGUAUCGAGUGAUGUAUUCCAGAGAAAUAUAUAAAGGAAUAGCUUCUGAUAUUGGGAAAUUGAACAGUUCUGAUAUAGGACCUUUAAUUGAAGAGGCAUUCUUUAUGUCGUCCCUUGGAAAAAUCAAAUGUGACAUACCACUGAAACUUAUAGGAGUACUGAGGGGAUUGAAAACCAUUGACUUCAUCUCGUUUACUUACGCUAGUAGAUCAUUCAACUUAUUUGCAGAAUCUGUGAUCUACGACUCUAAUGCAACUAAGAUAUUGAAGACGUAUUUCUAUGAUAUUUUCGGACAGUACUAUGACAAAUUGUCCUGGAUAGUAAAGGAAGGAGAAUCUAUGAACGAUAGGUUGUUGAGAAUGGAAAUUCUGGAAUCCUUCUGCAUGAGAUACCGAACAGGAUACGUAUAUCCCAAAUGUUUCAAAGAUGUGGCUGCUUUACAACAAAAAAAUAUAACAGUUCUAGAAGAUGUUGACUACAUAUACCAAGAUCUCGUAAGAAUUUCGAAGAAAUUUAACAUGACAAUGGAUGUAGAAGAUCAAGGUUCUGAUUUCUUGAUAGAAGCCGUUCCAACUGACAAUUCUUGCGCUUCCUGGAUAAAACAAAAUGUGCCCAAGUUUAUUCGAAAAAAAGAUAAUUCACCUAGUACCUAAUUGUAACGAUUGUUAGUUUGUUAUUCUGUAAUUUUUCAUAAAAUUAGAUACACAGAGUAUUCUAUUUAUAUACUUACAGCAAUGAAAUAAAUUUUCAAAUUUU